AUGGCUCCGCUCAGGCGAUAUUUGCGCAUAACGAAGCAUUCCGUCCUAGAAGUGCGAAUUUACUUGGACCGCCCUGCAGAUGCUGAGGCAUGGCUGCUGAAACGCGAUGACCCAGCUCUUCCACGCGUCAUUCAAGCAAUUCGGCCCCUUGUCCUUCCCAAACUUCGAGAAGAAAAUGAGCGAGGGAAGGGUCGCUCUGGGGCCAAAGUAAAGAAGAAGGGAGUCAAGGAUGUUGUAGUCGAAGAUGAUUUUGAAGUGUCCAUUUUCCUGACCGAGCUGUCAUCUCGCCAUUCUGUCAUGACCAAGCAAAAGAUUUUCAAGGACAAGCCUCGCAUACAAAGCAAUUCAGGAAAGCUCACAAGCUGGCUUGCCGCUGGAACAAGCGAUCAGCCGGCGCUCAUCAACGAGAUUGCUGCAGAUCCAAUCAUCAUCGACGAAGAAGAUGGCGAUGCUGUCAACCUUGCUGACAUUCCCGAAGCUCCCAAGCGGUCGACACGUUCAAAGCGAAGUCGCAACGAACUUCAAGAGGAUGCAGAAGACCAUGUCGGCGAUAGUGAUGAUGGUGACUUGUUCGUUCCAGAGGCUACCAACAAGCGAAAGAAGGCAAAUACUGCGCCACCAGACGUUGAGGUCAUCGAGGAUGAAGAUGACUUGCAAGAAGACAAGAAGAGAAUGGGCCUGAACACUUCGUACGAAGGCUUUAGCAUCUACGGUCGCAUACUCUGUCUCGUUGUCAAGCGGCAGGGAGUAAGACCUGCUGCAGGAGGAGCUACUGUAGUAUCGAGCCAGCAGAUGCUAGAGAACUGGGUAUCGACUCAGGCUGCUGGACAGGCGGGCGAUGAUGAUGAAGACAACGGCUGA